AUGUCUGAUAACGAAGAAUACGACAUUGCGAGUAACAUUGCAUUGGACAUCAGUGGGUCGUCCGACGAGUCUGAUAUCGCGUCCGAUGGCGAGUUCCAGGACGAAAUCAUGUCGUCGGACGACGAGGAGCAGCCAAAGAAGAAACAGAAGGUGGCCAAGGUGGCCAAGGUGACCAAGACGGCGUUCCCGUCGUUAGAGCUCUCAGAUAAUGAGGGCCAGGACGAGGAAAUCCUGUCGUACUUCACGUCGCAGACGCCGCUGGCGAAGAAGGCCAAAAAUGGGUCCUUCGCGAGUUUCGGGUUGUCCAAAUUUAUCCUCCAGAAUAUCGGCAAGAAGGGAUUCAAGCAGCCAACGCCGAUCCAGAGAAAGACCAUUCCACUCAUUUUGCAGAACAGAGAUGUGGUUGGGAUGGCCAGAACCGGUUCGGGUAAGACUGCCGCGUUCGUGCUCCCAGUGAUUGAGAAGUUAAAGGCACACAGCGCCAAGAUUGGGGUCAGAGCGGUAAUCUUGUCCCCCUCCAGAGAGUUAGCGAACCAGACGUAUAAGCAAGUGAAGGAGUUCAGCCGAGGCACGGAUCUCAGACCAAUUGUGUUGAUGGGAGGUGACUCGUUAGACGACCAGUUUUCGUCAAUGACGAACAACCCCGACAUCGUGGUGGCCACGCCCGGCCGUUUCUUGCACUUGAAGACGGAAAUGCAGCUUGACUUGAAGGCUGUAGAAUACAUUGUGUUCGACGAAGCUGAUAGAUUGUUCGAGAUGGGGUUUUCUGAGCAGUUGAACGAAUUGUUAGCAGCCUUGCCUCCUAACAGACAGAGUUUAUUGUUCUCUGCCACUUUACCAACUUCCUUGAUUGACUUUGCAAAGGCCGGUUUGACGAACCCGGUAUUGGUGCGUUUAGACGCUGAGACGAAAAUUUCAGAAAACUUGGAAAUGGCGUAUUUCACUACCAAGCGAAAUGAGCGUGAGGCGAACUUGUUGUUCACGUUACAGGAGGUAAUUCACCUUCCGUUGGCCACCGAAGAGCAGUUGGUAAAGCUCCGUGCAAUGAGUAAGCACAAAGAUUCAUCAGAUGAGGAGUCUGACGAGGAACAGACCAAGAAGCGCAAGAAGAAGCUUCGUCCGAGAUUACCGCCAGCCAACCAGCUCCCUUCACCGCAUUCCACCAUUGUGUUUGUUCCAACAAAGCACCACGUCGAGUACAUCACCAAGAUGCUCAAGGCGGUGGGGUAUGCCGUGUCGUACAUCUACGGUGCGUUGGACCAAUACGCGAGAAAGCAGCAGCUCCUCAACUUCCGGACCGGAUUGACGAAUGUUUUAGUGGUUACUGACGUCGCCGCCAGAGGUAUUGACAUUCCGGUGCUUGCCAACGUGGUGAACUACUCGCUUCCAGCGUCAUCCAAGAUCUUCAUCCACAGAGUGGGGAGAACUGCGAGAGCGGGGAAUAAGGGUUGGGCGUACUCGCUUAUCAGCGAGAAGGAGUUGCCGUACCUCUUAGACUUGGAGCUCUUCCUCGGGCGCAAGCUCUUGCUCACCGCAAUGUUUGAUAAGAAGUGUGAGCUCAUCAAGCAAAAGUGCGAGGAGGAACUGGCGGUUUAUCUCAAGCCAAAGGUGUCGUACAUCGACCGUUUGGUGAUCGGGUCCGCUCCACGUACUGUCUUGGAAGACUAUCAGGAGACGUACGACAACCUUAUCAAGAACAACUAUGAGGUUUCUACGUUGAAAGACGUGGCGGUCAAAGGUGAGAAGUUGUACUUCCGAACCAGAUCGUCCGCCUCGCCAGAGUCAAUGAAGCGGUCGAAAGAGAUCAUCAAUGCCGCGUGGGACGACCAGCACCUUCUCUUCGGGGCUAACCUUGAGAAGGAGAAGGAGGCAUUUUUGGCCAAGUUGUCCAACCGGUACUCCAAAGAAACCGUGUUCGAGUUUGGGAAGAACGAUGAUAGCAUGGUUGCCUUGAUGAACAAGAGACGCAGACAGAUUGCGCCAAUCCAGAGACGUGCCAAAGAGAAGCGGGAAUUGCUCGAGAUGGAGAGAAUGGCCGGGUUUACUCAUGGUUUGGAGGAUGAAAUCUUGAAGGGGGACAGCAAUGAGGUUGGCUACACGGUGAGUAAUGAGCAGGAGUUGACUGAGGCAUUUGAGGACGGUGAUGCCGCGUUGAAGAAGUCGACCAAGACCAAAAAGUCGUUCAGAGAUCCAAACUUCUUUAUUUCCCAUUAUGCUCCUACAAAUGUCAUCCAGGACCAGCAGCUCGCGGUGAACAACGGUGGCGAAAGAUACAAGCCGUCGUUUGUGAACGAAGCUGCGAAUGCCGCGUUCGACUUGGAUAACGAUGACAAGAUCAGAGGCAGACCAAACCAGGUCAUGAAGUGGGACACCAAGAAAAAGAAGUAUAUCAACCAGCAGUCGACUGACCAGAAGUACAUCAUCGGUGAGAGUGGACAGAAGAUUCCAGCCACCUACAGGUCUGGGAGGUAUGAGAACUGGAAGCACGCCAGAGGUGUGGGCGACAUGAAGGUUGGGUCCCAGGAGAAGCCGACCGUCAGGGGCAACAAGUUUGUGCACAAGAAGGUGAGCGCACCAAAAUUACCAGACAAGUUCAGAGAUGACUACCAUACGCAGAAGAAGAAGGUGGAGAAGGCGGUCGAGUCGGGCGUGCAUGUCAAGGGUUGGAACAAGAAGGGCCAGGCAAGCAAUGAGAUCAAGUCGACUGAGCAGAUCAGAAGGGAAAGAGCGAUUAAGGAGCAGAAGCAGGCGAAGAACGCUCGUCCAGCCAAGGGGGGGAAGAAGAGAAAGUUCUAAGGGUGAGAAUUUUUUAAGGAAGGGUGUGGGCUCCAUCCCCUGUAUAUUGUAUAAAAACACG